CCUAACUUUACAAUAAACAAUCGAAAACUCACCACCGAUCUCCGCCAUCUGUCUCCGCCGUUCACGGCGUUUCGCCACUUUACACCGCCGAGUAUGAGAAGCUGAAUAAAAUGGGAGGAAAUAACAGAAAACGAUCUAAUAAACCUAAAACCCGGAAGCCUAGGAACCCGUCUUAUUCGGGUCGGGGCUUGUUUGUUGAAGGCGGAGUCUUAUCUGAUUGGGGCGAUUUCAAUUCUCCUCCUUCAAGAGGGAGAAAUUUGAAAGGUGAAUAUGGAAAUGGAAAUGGUAAUUCAAGGAAUCGUAACGCAGCUGUUAGCAGCUCGAAGAAUGCUUCGAGUUCGAAAACUGAAUUGAAGAAGAGUCGAGGAAGUGAGAUCCGUUAUGUAUACCCAUCUGCAGAUUCAGUGAUACGUUCAGAUGCAGUAUGUAGUGGAGGAGUAAAAGAUGUCAAGUUGGAUUCGGAACAUCCUAUUCUUUUGGUUGAUACAAAGGAAACUCAAAUUGUUGCUUUCGUAGAUGAAGGCCCAAAUAAGGAACCUCAAAAUCAGGGAUGUAUUUAUGAUAGCACAACCCCUUUAUCUCUAGAUGUUGGACAAAAUAAAGAUUCUAAUGAAGUUGACUAUGCUGGUGACUAUAGUGCUGGUUUCUCACUGGAUGAGAGUUCACACAGAGGAUUGGGAUUCUAUGAAGAAGCAGAAAUAACACAUGGUGGAGUUGGAUUGUCAUCCAAGGAUGAGAAGGAAAAUCCUUCUUUUGAGCAUUCAUUCUCUGAUGAGGAUAUGGAUGCUGAUGGUGGCUUCCUUGGUGGUGCCAGCAUCGAGAUGGACAAUCAUCUGCCAGCUGAGAUGUCAUCUUCUUUGGAAAAUGAGGGAUUUUUGUCUAUUGGGGGAUUUAGACUACAUACUCGAGACUUAUCAGACGAGGGAAGUGAUGGUGAUGAUGAAGACAUUUCAUCUGAUGAUGGAGGUUCUUGCUCGUCAGAAUCAGAAGAAUCUGAUGGAUCAUCUGAAAGUGAUGGGUCAUCUGAUAGUGAUUCAGAUGUUGAUGAAGAGGUUGCUGCAGAUUAUUAUGAAGGAACUGGUGGGCUGUGCAAAGUAAUUGAUGUUAGACAGUUGGUUGGACAAGUUCCUAGUAGCUGCUCUGAUGAUAGCUUAGACGAAACCGUAGAGAAGUUGGGUGGGAUUCAUCUUCAGGAAGCCUCUAGGGUGUAUGGAAUGAAGAAGCCUAAUAAAGAGAGAAAGUUCCGAGGAGGUCAGAAAUCUACUCCUGCCAAGCAAGCCCAGGGAUCUGAUUUGGAUGGCCUUAUUUUUGUAAAGGACCCGAGAACAGUUUCAGGGAAAAAGAAACAUGCUGCUAAAUUUCCUCAGUCAUGGCCGUUUGAGUCUCAAAAGAGUAAAAAUUUCGGGAGGUUUCCAGGUGCUAAGAAGAAACAUCGCAAGGAGAUGAUGGCUGUGAAGCGUCGAGAGAGAAUGCUACAUCGAGGUGUUGAUCUUCAGAAGAUAAAUUUAAAAUUACACCAGAUGGUUUUGGAUGGAGCUGAUAUGUUAUCUUUCCAACCUAUGCAUUCGCGUGAUUGUUCUCAGGUUCAGAGAUUAGCUGCAAUAUACCGCCUGCGAAGCGGUUGUCAAGGUUCUGGCAAGAAGAGGUUUGUGACAGUUACCAAGACACAGCAUACGGCUAUGCCAUCCCCCAGUGAUAAAAUUCGUUUGGAGAAGUUGAUAGGAGCCGGUGACGAGGAUUCUGAUUUCACAGUCACGGGUAUACAAAGUCAUAGAAAGGAUGUAAAUGCAGCCAAAAACUCUUCAAAGGGUAGUGGUGGACAAUCUGGCCCAAGCAAUUUGUUUAGAACUCCGAUAAAUCCACGUGGGCAAAAAGACAGCAGCAAGAAAAGAAGGGAUCAGAAAACAGUCUCCUACGCUCUUCCUGUGUCCUUUGUUUCAAGUGGUAUCAUGCGUUCGGAGACAGAAGUUGAGGAGAAAUCAAUCGAAACAACCCAGACAACCACCAUUGUCCAUGAAACAAAGGUUGUGACCAACUCAGUCGAAUACGGUGCAUUCGAGAUGCACACCACAGGUAUUGGCUCAAAACUCAUGGCAAAAAUGGGUUAUCAAGAAGGUAGAGGCUUAGGGAAAGAUGGACAGGGUAUUUCUGAGCCCAUCGAAGCUCGCCAACGACCAAAAGCUCUUGGAUUGGGAGCUGAAAUCCCAGAAACAAGUAUUAGAUCAUCAGGAAAGAAGGAUUCUCUACCCAAAUCAUCUGGUCGUGGUGCUGAAGUUGUCGGUGGAAGCGGGAAAUCCAUCAGGAAGGAGUCAUCUGUUGGAUUUGCAGGAUUUGAGAGACACACAAAGGGGUUUGGAUCAAAGAUUAUGGCAAAGAUGGGUUUUGUUGAAGGUAUGGGACUUGGUAGAAGUUCACAAGGCAUAACCAAUCCUUUAGUUGCCGUUAGACGUCCUAAAUCGCAAGGAUUAGGUGCCAAAAGUUUAGAAAAAAAUCACAUAAUUUCCCAUCUUAGUUGAACUUUGUAAUUUGCCCUGAAGCCUAUUUAAGUAGCAGACUACAACAACAUUACCUUGUGUAACUAGGGUCCGAAGAGGGUGAUGUGUAUGCAACAUUACCUCUACCUUCUGUAGGCUAUCUUCGAAUGCAGAAGAGGGCAGCGUGUAUGCAACCUCACCACCCCUCCCGUCUAAAUUUCGAGAGGGUGGUGUGUACGCAACCUUAUCCUUGCUUUCUUAAGACAUUUCAAUGGCUGACUAAUUAUCUAAGAUUGUAAACCAUAUUACAUUGAAGUGUGGAUAUCUUUUUUAUGGUUUAUUUACAAGUGUUCUACUUAUACUA